GGGCAGCUAGGCUAUCAAUUCGCAUGGCAAAAGCAUCAACAAAAAUAUAUGUCCAAAAGCACAUUAUAUAUAAAACAUUCAAGCAAUCCAAAGUGUCGUCUUAGUUCGCGGUAUUCUCCUGAGAAAGUGUUAUAGAAAAGGAAGCAAACCAUCAACAGAAUGACUCAAAAAAUGUUCUACAAUAAGGUACUACUGCUGAUAGCGGCACUGUUUCUAAUUAGCCUAAUCACGCCUGGAGUAAGGGCGCGACCCUCCUCGCCAGACGAGAGCAAAGCAAAAAUGAUCGUGGAUCCCAGUGAAUACAAUGGGAAUCUGUCGGUGGAGACCAUCAUUAAGGUGCAGCAGUGCGAAAUGAAUGGCUCCACAAUGGAGCUGUGCAUGCGCUGUGCCAAAGUCACCAAAUCAGAGAUCAUAUAUCCCAUGUGCUGCAGCAACGAUGAUGGCAUCAAGGAUUGGUGUCACGCCUACGUGUAUUACGGCAACGAUGAGGGCUACUAAGGUGGAAGGCGGAGAGCGAGAACAAAAUCGAACAAAUUAAAUUAUUUUGUACUCCCCGGAAGAUGGAUUGGCUGUGAUAAACUAAUGUAUUUAAAUUAUAUUAUAUUUAUCUAGAAAUAAGCAAGAAAAGGCUAAAUUAGCAC